AUGGACGAUGACAUGCUGAAAAUUCUCUUGAUUAAAAAUCUGAUGGCUGUUAACAACCAAUCCAAUCCUCUCAACGCUUUGUCUUCUGUUGCCAGUCAACUCAAAUGGCAAUAUCUUGGCAACAACUUCAAGCCGACGUUGGCUGUCAAUGGAUCAAAUUUUCCCCUGUGGUCGGCAUUGUUGAAGGAUCUAGUUUUAGGUGUUACUCAGGUGGCUGAUUACUUCAAGCGCGAUCUAUUUGAAGAUGAUGUUCCCACUGCUCUUGGGGUACUGGCCAUGAUCAAGAAUUCUAUUGACAAGGCGCUACACUUGUUGCUCCACGGGACCUGGGUCUCACUCUACCAACGUUUCUCCGGCCCCUCCUGGUCUCUUCUCCUCAAUCGCUGGUCUGAGAUUGCACAACCGCCGGAUGCUUUGGACUCAAUUUCCUCUGGCUAUGAGUCCUUGAAGAGAAGCCUGUUGGACUUGGAGGAGCAAUUGGGAGGGUGGACAACAGAUAAACUGUUGUCACUCACGUUCAACUCUUCCAUUUACCGUUAUCGGGGUCAGGUUGCUGAUACAAUGGAUUCCUGUCUCGCUAUUUUUCCGGGUACUCCUAUCUCACCUAUUGAUCUAAGAAAUGUGGCGACUAGAAUCCAUCAGUCCUCAUCAGCACAAUCAUCAGGUACUGGUGCACAUUCAGUUAUGGCCGUCUCUUCUCAACGUGGUCGCGGAGGACGUUCUAGGUCUUCAAGAGGUGGACAUGUGGCUGGAGCUUGA